AAAAGAUAUAAUUUAUUGAUGAGACCUUUUAUUAAUUGCUCUCCUCUGUUGCAUCCCAGCUCCAUCACCUCUGCAACUCUGCAACAGCAGUUCUUACUUUCUUCACAUUUUAAAUCAUAAAAAAAAAAGAGAGAGAAGAGAAAAAAGAACAAAACUUUCUCUCCUUAUCUUCAUUUUCGUUUCCCUGAGAAAACCCUGUUUCUAAAAACACUGUUUUUAAAAAAAACUCUGUUUCACCAUCUUCAUGGAAGGAUCUGAAGCUGAUAAGCUUCCUCGUCAAGGCCGAAAGGCUCUGUCUUUGAGCGUUUCCUUCAAUGGGUGGAGAAAGGCGAACUCAGCCUACAAGUCUUGGGCUAUAAAAAUGUCUCUUUUGCACAAACCCACAUGGCAAAAAGCUGGAAUCUUGGAAGCAGUCAUGGCAUCUACUAUAGGAUUCAACCAGAACACAGAUCUCCUUCUGGGUAUUGCUGGGAGAUGGUGUCCUGAAACGAACUCCUUUGUGUUUCCUUGGGGUGAAGCAACAGUAACAUUAGAGGAUGUCAUGAUUCUUCUAGGGCUCUCUGUUUUGGGUUCCCCUGUUUUUGCUCCUCUGGAUGGCUCAGGGGAGAAGAUAAAGGCCAAGCUGGAGCAGGAAUGGCUCAUGCUUAAGACAGAAAAAGUCAGUUCUAGGGUAACUCAAGCCACAUGGAUGAGGAGGUUCAGGGACAGUGGUGAUGAGCUUGAGCAUGUGGCUUUCCUUGUGUUGUGGCUUAGCUACUUUGUGUUUCCAUCACGGUACUAUCAUAUGGAUGAUGCUGUUUUCUCAGUUGCUAUUCUUCUUUCAAGUGGUGUUAGGAUUGCUUUGGCUCCAGCUGUCAUUGCACACUUGUAUGCUGAUCUAAGUCUCUUGAAAAACCACACUUGUGCUUUCACUAGAUCUAAGUAUAUCAACAAGAUUGAGCUGAAUGCUUUGUUUAAGUUGGUCCAAGCUUGGACAUAUGAGAGAUUCAAGGAACUACGACCGCCCAAACACACUAAGCCGUUGCUAAAUGGUGAGCCAAGGUUUGCUCUUUGGGAUGACUCGGAACAAAAGAUAACAAAGAGCAGUGUGAGGAAGAUACUUGCAGACUCGAAAAUGGACAGCUUUGAGUGGCGUCCCUAAACAAAAUCUUUG